AUGUGUACCCUCAAGAGAAAAAUGUUCCAGAAAAAAGAUGUCAUCCUGGGGGCUUUCAUCCUGACUUCCCUGCUGAGUAUCCAAAGAGCUGGGGCCAUAGAAGCAGACCACGUGUCAACUUAUGCAAUGUUUGCACAGACAGAAAGUCCAACAGGGGAGUAUAUGUUUGAGUUUGAUGAGGAUGAGCAGUUCUAUGUGGAUCUUGACAAGAAGGAAACUGUCUGGCAUCUGCCAGAGUUUGGUCGAGCCUUUUCCUUUGAGGCUCAAGGUGGGUUGAGCAACAUUGUGAUAAUGAAGAGCAACUUGAAGAUCAUGAUUGACAGGUCCAACCACACUCAAGACACCAAUGUGCCCCCAGAGGUGACUGUGUUUCCUAAGGAGCCUGUGGAGCUGGGCCAGCCCAACACACUCAUCUGCCAUAUUGACAACUUCUUCCCACCGGUGCUCAAUGUCACGUGGCUACGCAACGGAGAGGUGGUUACUAAAGGUGUCGGCGAGAGCCUCUUCCUGCCCAGAACAGAUUACAAAUUCUACAACUUCCAAAAGUUACACUACCUGACCUUCGUGCCCUCAGCGGAGGAUGUCUAUGACUGCAAGGUGGAGCACUGGGGCCUGGAGGAGCCAUUCCUCAAGCACUGGGAGGCCCAGGAGCCAAUUCAAGUACCUGAGACAACAGAGACUGUGGUCUGCAUCCUGGGUCUGGCAGUGGGCCUGGUGGGCAUCAUCGCUGGCACUGUCCUCAUCAUAAAGGCUCUGCGUUCCAGUAGUAACCCCCAGGAACUGGGGAUCUUGUGA